UGAGUGACGCAGAAAAGCACUGGACGAUCGGAGCUGCUCAGACGUACAACAACUUAAACAAACAGUCAACAGUCCCGACUUUUGGCAAAAUACCACCGUCUGCAAACAGAUGCGGGAUAAGCGACUGAAAAGACCGCGUUUGCACUGAUGCAUUCGGCUACAACAUCUCUAACUUUGCAGUGUUUUUAGUCAGCGCAUAACCAAGAUCGUCUGUCUGGAGUCGAUAUUGCUGCUCCUGUAACGGACUGAUCCACGCUUCUUAUUCACAUUUCACAGCAUGACAUGUAGAUAAGCAUCCGAUACUUUGAUGGGGCUCCUGAGGAUCAUGAUGCCACCCAAGUUCCAGCUCCUGGCUGUUCUGGCGUUUGGAGUGGCGAUGCUUUUUAUUGAGAACCAGAUUCAGAAGCUGGACGAGUCUCGGGCAAAGCUGGAACGCACCAUGGCCAAACACGAGGUGCGAGAGGUGGAACAGAGACAGACACGGGACAGCCUACGGGACUCUCCGGCAUUGGCUGAGAGUGACGAUCUGGUCAUCAUCUAUAACCGUGUGCCCAAGACUGCCAGCACCUCCUUCACCAACAUCGCAUAUGACCUUUGCGGAAAGAACCGCUUUCAUGUUCUCCACAUCAACACCACCAAGAACAAUCCAGUCAUGUCACUCCAGGACCAGAUGCGGUUUGUAAGGAAUGUGACAUCCUGGCGGGAAAUGAAACCAGGUUUCUACCACGGCCAUGUCGCCUACCUGGACUUUUCAAAGUUUGGGGUUAAGGAUAAGCUAGUUUAUAUCAACAUCAUACGGGACCCCAUUGAGAGGUUGGUGUCAUACUACUACUUUCUGCGGUUUGGAGAUGAUUACCGACCAGGUCUCAGACGGAGAAAGCAGGGGGACAAAAAGACGUUUGAUGAGUGUGUGUCAUCCGGAGGUUCUGAUUGCGCUCCUGAGAAGCUAUGGUUACAGAUCCCGUUCUUCUGUGGCCAUUACUCUGAGUGCUGGAAUGUUGGAAGCAGGUGGGCUCUGGAGCAGGCCAAGUAUAAUUUGGUGAACGAGUAUCUGCUGGUGGGAGUAACAGAGGAGCUGGAGGAUUUUAUAAUGAUGCUUGAGGCAGCACUGCCACGGUUCUUCAGAGGAGCAACAGAACUCUACCGCACAGGUAAGAAGUCUCACUUGAGGAAAACGAGCGAGAAGAAACCUCCAGCUAAAGAGUCCAUCUCAAAACUGCAGCAGUCCAACAUAUGGAAGAUGGAGAACGAGUUCUACGAGUUUGCCCUGGAGCAGUUUCAGUUUGUGCGUGCUCACAGUGUCAGGGAAAAAGACGGAGAACUCUACCUACUGCCACAGAACUUCUUUUACGAGAAGAUCUAUCCAAAAGUAAACUAGAGCAAGUAGAUUUUGAGUAAUAUUGCGGCUCAGAGUUAUAAGCGUGUGUACUUUGGCUUGUUUAAGUACUGUUCAGUCACAUGUACUGAGAAAAGAAGAACAUGGACACAAAUGUCACAGUGCUGACAUUGAGACACUGUAUCAACCAGCAAUUUUGAGACCGGAAUCGUUUUAUGGACUUCAGUACAACAGUGAAGACACUGCUGACAUCAACUUGAAAACAAAAUGAAAGACAAAAAUGAGUUUUCACAUAAUUCAUUAUGCCUUCCAAAAGAACAUGUCAGAAAAUGUUUGGCCAUCUGUCACUGUUGUGAAAAGUACAUUUCGAACAGGGUUAAAAGGGUACUGCUUUUUGUACCAGACAUUUGGUACAUUAGGAGCACUUCCUUAUUUUACUACUAACUGAUGUUUUGUGGAUUUAUAACACUUUCUGCAUUGUGUAUAUUCAUUUUUAAUAGAAUGCCAUGAACCGUGUUUACAGACUUAAGUAAAGGUAUUGUAGCCAGAGGAUAAAAAGUGGUCAGAAUUGUAUUUACAAAUAUAUUUUAUGUAAUUGGACCAAAUGGUUUAAGAAUUUCAGAUGUGUAUAGUUUAAACUUAAUGAGUUAGAAAAUAGACAUCUUUUGGGGGAUCUUACUUUUUUCUUUUAUUUCUUUUCUAUUGCUCUCUUUUUCAUCCCAGUUCCCAGGCAAAAGAUUCUAAAAAGUAACAGAGAAGAUACACUUACCUCUGAGAUGAACUAUCAAGCCAUUUAACAGACAGAGACCGUGUUUAACAGUUCAAAUAAAAAAAUGCAGUUUGAGUAGCAGUCCUUUUAUCAUGAUUUUAUCUGCUACUGCAAGUGUGAGGCAGAUUUAGAAAUCUAAAUAACAUGUUGGGUUCCUUGAGCAGUAACUACUGGUAUCAUCUUGUAGUUCAGUAUAAGCUAACUUGGUCUCUACAGACUACUGCCCUCUCAGCAUUCAUAAAUAGACCUUCUGUGUAUUGACUAAGCCUGGCUUUUAUAAAAGUUUUGCUGUAGUGUGUUUUACCAGAAGACCUGGGAGGAAGUCAUCUCUAUAUCCGUCUUUGUCUCUGAAUGUCUUUUAGGUCACAGGGUUCAGUUGUGAAUGAAAAGAUCAAGGCUUAAACCAACAUUAGUUUUACACUCAAUAGUGCCUUCAUAAAUAACCUUUCAUCACAUGCCCUGGUUUUAGCAAUUGUUCAUAUAUGUUUUAAACAAUGUCUGUACUUUAAGGUUUUUUAAACUGCCAGCUUUCUUUUGUAUUUGGGUUGUUCCAUUUGUUUAUACAUCUCUCUCUCUCUCUCUCUCUCUCUCUCUCUCUCUCACUGGCGGCCACAAUUUGGAAUAAUGUACAUAUUUAGCUGUUCACCAAAGUGGCAUUCAACUGAUCACAAAGUAUAGUCAGGACAUUACUGAUGUAAAACCAUCACUAUUUGAAAAAUGUCAUUUUUGAUCAAAUCUAGACAGGCCCUAUUUCCAGCAGCCAUCACUCCAACACCUUAUCCUUGAGUAUUCAUGCUAAAUUGCUAAUUUGGUACUAGAAAAUCACUUGCCAUUAUAUCAAACGCUGCUGAAAGCUAUUUGGUUCAUUAAAUGAAGCUUAACAUUGUCUUUGAGUUUGUUUUGAGUUACCACAGUAUGCAAUAGACUGGCAUGUCUUAAGGUCAAUAUUAGGUCAAAAAUGGCAAAAAAGAAGCAGCUUUCUCUAAAAACUCGUCAGUCAAUCAUUGUUUUGAGGAAUGAAGGCUAUACAAUGCUUGAAAUUGCCAAAAAACUGAAGAUUUCAUACAAAGAUUUACACUACAGUCUUCAAAGACAAAGGACAACAGGCUCUAACAAGGACAGAAAGAGAUGUGGAAGGCCCAGGUGUUCAACUAAACAAGAGGAUAAGUACAUCAGAGUCUCUAGUUUGAGAAAUAGACACCUCACAUGUCCUCAGUUGACAGCUUCUUUGAAUUCUACCUGCUCAACACCAGUUUCAUGUACAACAGUAAAGAGAAGACACAGGGGUGCUGGCCUUAUGGGAAGAAUUUCAAAGAAAAAGCCACUUUUGAAACAGAAAAUCAAAAAGAAAAGGUUAGAGUGGGCAAGAAAACAGACAUUGGACAACAGAUAAUUGGAAAAGAGUGUUUUGGAUCUUAAUCCCAUUGAGCUUUUGUGGGAUCAGCUAGACUGUAAAGUGCGUGAGAAGUGCCCGACAAGACAGCCACAUCUAUGGCAAGUGCUACAGGAAGUGUGGGGUGAAAUGUCACCUGAGUAUCUGGACAAACUGACAGCUAGAAUGCCAAGGAUCUGCAAAAUUUGAUUUUUUAAUGAGAACUGUUUGAAGUAGUUUAAGAAGUUCUGAAGAAAACAAAAUCAAAUUGUAAUAGUAAUUUUUCACGUUAUUAAUGUCCUGACUAUACAUUGUAAUCAGUUAAAUGCCACUUUGGUGAAUUAAAGUACCAAUUUCUUUCCAUAAGAGCAAAAUCUGAACAUUAUUCCAAACUUUUGGUCUCGUGUGUGUAUAAAUAAAUAAAUAAAUAAAUAAAUAUAUAUAUAUAUAUACACACACACACACACACACACAUACAGUUGAAGUCAGAAGUUUAUAUAUACCUUAGCCAAAAUAAUUUUCACAACUCCUGACAUUUUAUCAUAGAAAGCAUUCCCUGUCUUAGGUCAGUUAGGAUCAUUACUUUAUUUUAAGAAUGUGAAAUGUCAGAAUAAUAGUAGAGAGAAUGAUUUAUUUCAGCUUUUAUUUCUUUCAUCACAUUUCCAGUGGGUCAGAAGUUUACGUACACUUUGUUAGUAUUUGGUAGCAUUGCCUUUAAUUUGUUUAUCUUGGGUCAAACCUUUUGGGUGGCUUUCCACAAGCUUCUUACAAUAAGUUGCUGACAUUUUGGCCCAUUCCUCCACACAGAACUGGUGUAACUGAGCCAGGUUUGUAGGCCACCUUGCUUGCACAUGGUUUUUCAGUUCUGCCCACAAAUUUUCAAUCGGAUUGAGGUCAAGUCUUUGUGAUGGCCACUCCAAUACCUUGACUUUGUUGUCCUUAAGCCAUUUUGCCACAACUUUGGAGGUAUAUUUGGGAUCAUUGUCCAUUUGGAAGACCCAUUUGCGACCAAGUUUUAACUUCCUGGCUGAUGUCUUGAGAUGUUGCUUCAAUAUAUCCACAUAAUUUUCCUUCCUCAUGAUGUCAUCUAUUUUGUAAAGUGCACCAGUUCCUCUUGCAGCAAAGCACCCCCACAACAUGAUGCUGCCAUCCCCAUGCUUCACGGUUGGGAUGGUGUUCUUUGGCUUGCAAGCCUCACCCUUUAUCCUCCAAACAUAACGAUGGUCAUUAUGGCCAAACAGUUAAAUUUUUGUUUCAUCAGACCAGAGGACAUUACUCCAAAAAGUAAGAUCUUUGUCCCCAUGUGCACUUGCAAACUGUAGUCUGGCUUUUUAUGGAGGUUUUGGGGCAGUGGCUUCUUACUUGCUGAGCAGCCUUUCAGGUUAUAUUGAUAUAGGACUCGUUUUACUCUGGAAAUAGACACUUGUCUACCUGUUUACUCCAGAAUCUUCAUAAGGUCCUUUGCUGUUGUUCUGGGAUUGAUUUGCACUUUUCACACCAAACUACAUUCAUCUCAUGGAGACAGAAUGCGUCUCCUUCCUGAGCGGUGUGAUGGCUGCGUGGUGCCAUGGUGUUUAUACUUGCGUACUAUUGUUUGUACAGAUGAAUGUGGUACCUUCAGGCAUUUGGAAAUUUCUCCCAGACUUGUGGAGGUCCAUAAUUAUUUUUUUGAGGUCUUGGCUGAUUUCUUUAGAUUUUCCCAUGAUGUCAAGCAAAGAGACACUGUGUUUGAAGGUAGGCCUUAAAAUACAUCCACAGGUACACCUCCAAUUCAGUACACCUCCCAUCAGAAGUUAAUUGUCUAAAGGCUUGACAUCAUUUUCUGGAAUUUUCCAAGCUGCUUAAAGGCACAGUUAACUAAGUGUAUGUAAACUUCUGACCCACUGGAAUUGUGAUGUAGUCAAUUAAAAGUGAAACAAUCUGUCUGUAAACAAUUGUUGGAAAAAUUACUUGUGUCAUGCACAAAGUAGAUGUCCUAAACGACUUGCCAAAACUAUAGUUUGUUCAAAUGAAAUCUGUGGAGUUAUAAAUUAGAUGUAAUGACUUCAACUUAAGUGUAUGUAAACUUCUGACUUUAACUGUAUAUUUCAAAUAAACAUUGCUGUCUGUUA